CCGAAGGCGGGGCCGGGAAGAGGGAGGAGGAGGAAGAGGAACGAGACGGACGGUGGGUGCUCUAGGUUGUUCGGCAGCGGCUCCGGCUCCGGCUCUCUUCCGGGAGGACGAUGGACAGCCAGGGCAGGAAGGUGGUAGUGUGCGACAACGGCACCGGGUUUGUGAAGUGUGGAUAUGCAGGCUCUAAUUUUCCAGAACAUAUCUUCCCAGCUUUGGUUGGAAGACCUAUUAUCAGAUCGACCACCAAAGUGGGAAAUAUUGAAAUCAAGGAUCUUAUGGUUGGUGAUGAGGCAAGUGAAUUACGCUCGAUGUUAGAAGUUAAUUACCCUAUGGAAAAUGGCAUAGUACGAAAUUGGGAUGACAUGAAACACCUAUGGGACUACACAUUUGGACCAGAAAAACUUAACAUAGAUACCAGGAAUUGUAAAAUUUUACUCACAGAACCUCCUAUGAACCCAACCAAAAACAGAGAGAAGAUUGUAGAGGUAAUGUUUGAAACUUACCAGUUUUCUGGUGUGUAUGUAGCCAUCCAGGCAGUCCUGACUUUGUAUGCUCAAGGUUUAUUAACUGGAGUCGUGGUGGACUCUGGAGAUGGUGUGACUCACAUUUGCCCGGUGUAUGAAGGCUUUUCUCUCCCUCACCUUACCAGGAGACUGGAUAUUGCUGGGAGGGAUAUUACCAGAUAUCUUAUCAAGCUGCUUCUGUUGCGGGGAUAUGCCUUCAACCAUUCUGCUGAUUUUGAAACGGUUCGCAUGAUUAAAGAAAAAUUGUGUUAUGUGGGAUAUAAUAUUGAGCAAGAGCAGAAACUGGCCUUAGAAACCACAGUAUUGGUUGAAUCUUACACACUCCCAGAUGGCCGCAUUAUCAAAGUCGGGGGAGAGAGGUUUGAAGCCCCGGAAGCUCUGUUUCAGCCUCACUUGAUCAAUGUCGAGGGAGUAGGUGUUGCUGAAUUGCUUUUUAACACAAUCCAGGCGGCUGACAUUGAUACCAGAUCUGAGUUCUAUAAGCACAUUGUGCUUUCAGGAGGGUCUACUAUGUACCCUGGUCUGCCAUCCCGGUUGGAACGAGAGCUUAAACAGCUUUACUUAGAACGAGUAUUGAAGGGUGAUGUGGAAAAACUUUCUAAAUUCAAGAUCCGCAUUGAAGACCCCCCCCGCAGGAAGCACAUGGUUUUCCUGGGAGGUGCAGUUCUAGCAGACAUCAUGAAGGACAAAGACAACUUCUGGAUGACCCGACAGGAAUACCAAGAAAAGGGUGUUCGUGUGCUGGAGAAACUCGGGGUGACGGUUCGAUAAACUGUGAAGCUGGUUCCCAUCAUGCCCCUAAUGUGCUUUCUUUUUUUCCUUUACUGCCAGUCUUUGAACUCAUUCAGCUCCAGGACCUGGAAGAGGCCUCUCUGUCUGUGCCCUUUGACUGGAAAGGUCAGGUUGUGUUAAAUUUGUGUUAAUGUGGGUAAAUCUGACUGUUUAAUUCCACCGCUUCCCUGCGAGCACAGGGAGAGGGCAGGGGUCCUGUCUGCUGCAUUGUUUGUCCUCAGCAGGCAUUUGGAUCGUUCCUGCGGGCUUCCUAUUUUCACUUUACUGCUCUAACGCUGCUAGUCUUAGUCUUUAGCACACUAGGUGGUAUGCCUUUAUUAGCAUAAGAAAACAACUUCAGCCGGAGCUUUUACCUAUUACUGGGGUGGGGGUGGUCAGGACUGGGUGGGCGGCUGCUGAACCCUUUGUGGCGUCUCCUCUGUAGUGUGGCGCUUUCUACAGUUACUGCUGCAGCUUUAAGUACCUUAAAGCUUCUGGUAUUAACAUUUUAGGGAAAGGGUAGGCUCAGAACGAAACUGUUUGGGUGGGUUUUUGCGUGGAGGACAGGGGUAGUCUUUUGAUAUUCAUUUUGUGAUUUUUGAGCUUUUCUGCUCUAGGGUACGGGAGCUGAACUUUAUUUACAAUACUCUGAUUUGGCAGGUUUUCUUCUACUUUUGGUCUGCCUGGAACUGUUUCCAAUAUGAUGUAAAAAGCAGGUGUAGUGUCCCAUUAUUAUGUAGUUUGGGGAUUUUUUAAUUUGUUUUUUAAUAUUAACCAUGUCAACUGGAAUUAGACUCCCUAGAAUCUAUCAGUGGAAAAGUAACAUUGAAAAAAUGCUUUUGGAAAUUCAAAUUUCAGACAAAAAGUGCUUAAGAGCUGGUAUUUUUUCUAAGUGCUUCUGUUUAUACCAGAAGCAUUAAGGUAACCCAGUGCCAAGUACCAUUCUUGAAAAAAUUCUUUUAUAUAACCUACCAGUGCUUAUUUAAUAAAAACAAGUAGAUACAUAUAAAUAAUUACUGGCAGUAGGUUAUAAUUAUUGGGUUAAAAAGAACAUUGAAAACUGGGACUUUCUGCCAGUUGGGUAAUUUUCACUAGUUUUUUUUGUUGGUGGUAUGUUUUGAUUUAAAACCUGGAAGUGGAGUAAAAUAUGACUAUUUAAAAUGUUGGCCCCCAAAAAUCAAGAUAUAAAUACGUAUUUGAACUGAAAAAACUUAAUCAUAACUACUAAAUCUUAGCCAUCUUAGGCUUGAAAGAAAAGUUGUUGGUAUUUUGUAAAUGAUAGCAGACUUUCCUGUCAGAAAAUCAUAUUUAUGAAUCCUGUCGGUAUUGCUUGGUAUCUGAAAAAAAUAUCAAAUAGUACCCAGACUUGAAUUCCUUCUAAAUUGAAAAAUAAAGUAAUAAGAGAUUGUAUCACUUCUGUUAAUAUUAUGUAUCUUUUGUCUCUUUUACCUCAAUUUGAACAAAUAAAAGAAGUUUGCCUGCAUGCUGGACAUGCUUCAGUACACAUGAA